AUGACGGCGGCAAUUGCCACGCUGGAUGAGCGGCAUCAGCCCAUCACGGGACAAGACAAACUCGAUUCGAAUAAUUAUGUGCUGGGCCGUAUCCAUGGACACAACGUGGUUGUUGCGUGCUUACCGGCCGGCGUCUACGGCACGAAUGCCGCAGCACGAGUUGCGAACGACAUGCUGAGGACGUUUACCGGGCUGCGGUUCGGACUGAUGGUGGGAAUUGGAGGCGGAAUCCCGAACCUUCCGAUGGGUCUGGACAUUCGUCUCGGAGAUGUGGUGAUCAGUGAGCCGGACAAAAUGUUCGGAGGUGUUGUUCAGUACGAUCUGAGGAAGAAUCUGGGAGAGGGGCACUUUGAAAGCAAAGGGACUCUGAAAUCCCCACCAACUAUGCUCCUGGCCGCUCUUUCAACUCUUCAGGCGGAACAUGAUCUCGAGGACAGUCAUGUUCCAGCCAUCCUGACGAAGAUUGUCUCGAAGCACCGCAAUCUAGCGAGGAACGGCUACGGGUUCCCAGGACGAGAAAAGGACACACUUUACUGUGCUGAAUGCUGUGGUUCCGGCUUUGGCUCUGCUGAUCUGUGCAACAGCUGUGCACACGGAACGAUCGAGAGAUCGGCUCGUGAGGAUGAUCACCCGUUAUUUUGGUAUGGGACGAUCGCCUCGGGCAACGAGUUGAUAAAGAACGCCGCGGAAAGAGACAGAAUUAGAAAUGAGUUCGGAGCGCUGUGCGUUGAGAUGGAAGCGGCGGGGUUAAUGAAUGACUUUCCUUGCCUGGUAAUCCGUGGCAUCUGUGACUAUGCGGAUUCUCAUAAGAACGACGGAUGGCAGAAGUAUGCGGCCCUCACGGCGGCAGCAUAUGCCAAAGAAUAUCUCGGGUAUGUAUCACCCGAGCAGACGAAGCUGGAGAAGCCAAUCCAAGAGGUUAUAGCUUCUCUUGCUUCUCUUAACCAGCAUCUAGCGAAGCAAUCAGAGUUGGCGGGGGAGCAUCUUUGUGAGGUUAAACAAGCCCACGCGAAACAGGACCAGCGAUAUCAGAGUGAACGGCAUCGUCAAUGUCAUCGUGCUUUUAAAACAAGUACAUAUGAACAAUUCAAGGACGUCAAUCCCGAUCGAGUGGACGGCACAUGUCAAUGGGUGCUGUCUCAUCCUCAAUAUCUACAGUGGCACAGCAGACCACACGAUGAUCUACUCUGGAUCUCGGCCGACCCAGGCUGUGGCAAGUCGGUCCUGACCAAAUCACUGGUUGACCGUGAAUUUUGCAGUACUAACCAGCAUACGGUCUGCUACUUCUUUUUCAAAGACAACGAGCAACAGGACAACGUGGCCACAGCUCUUUGCGCGCUUCUGCAUCAACUCUUUACCCACCAGCCGCCACUUAUCUCACAUGCCAUUUCGGCGUGGGAGAAGACGGACAAUAAAUUGGUCAAAGAGGUCGCGGAGCUGUGGCGUAUAUUGAUGGCGGUGACGAGAGACCCCGAGGCCGGCGACAUUAUAUGCGUGCUGGACGCGUUGGACGAGUGUCGACAAUCGGACCAGCGGUGGCUAAUCAAGAUGCUCUCGCAGUUCUACUCUCAAUCGUCCCCGGAGUCAUCUACAUCAUCAUCUGCUUCGCGCCGUGGUCGGCUGAAAUUUCUUGUGACCAGCCGACCCUAUGAUGAUAUUCAAGCCGAGUUUGAGAAGACAAUUGAUAGCCUUCCCACUAUUCGGCUUCGGGGUGAAGAGGAGAACGACCAAAUCCAUUCGGAAAUUGACAUGGUUAUUCAGAUGCGAGUAGAACAGCUCGCGAAAGCGCUGAGAUUAGAUCGAGCUACACAGAAUCAACUGGAAAUGAAACUCCUGGCGAUGGAGCAUCGAACCUAUCUAUGGCUCCACCUCGCUAUUGACGACAUCAGAGUGACUUAUCGUCACAGUUUACGACCGGAAGAAGCAUUAAUAAAGUCACUCCCCGUAAGCGUUGAAGACGCAUAUGAGAAGAUCUUAAAUCGUGUUGCGGAGGAGCAAAGAAGUAUUGUGAAAAAGAUCCUCCAAAUUGUGGUCGGGGCACGCCGACCGCUCUCGGUUCAAGAAAUGGCUAUCGCACUGGGGAUAGCAACGUCGACCAAGGUCACGUCACUAGCACAGGCCCGACUUGCACCGACAUGGCUAGAACACAGUAUUUGUCACUGGUGUGGGCUAUUCGUCUUCAUCAAUCAUCAAAAAAUAUACUUGAUCCAUCAGACCGCCAAGGAAUUUCUCUUAUGGGACAACAGCUCUCCGCUUUCUUUGUCCGGAUGGAAGCAUUGUCUGGAUCAUCUCGGCGUUGAGAAAGAGAUGGCUCGAAUAUGUGAAGAGUUUCUAGGUCUAAGAGAUAUUAAACCCGUUCAGCGAUAUCUGAUUGAACAGUUUGAGAGCGACGAACCCUUCUGGGAAAUUGAGGAUGUGUUGAAGAAAGAUGACCAUCUCCAAAGUUUCUUGUACUAUGCGACAGAGCACUGGCCCAGUCACUUUCGAGAUGCUGAUAUGCCCAACGAUGCCUCUACCAUGUCGGGUCUACCUAAGCUUUAUGACGUUGACAGUCCUGAUUUCAACCUCUGGUUCACCAUCUUUUGGGAGAUGAUAUUUCGAGAGAAACCGCCGUCGAUGAGUCCUCUUCGUUUAGCUGCGCUCUUGGGCCACGAGCAUGUACUCCUUCAGAUUCUACAGUCGACAGAAAUCACCAAAAUAAACGAGCAAGACGAUAAGGGAAAUACAGCCCUCUAUUUUGCUAGUCGUUUUGGCCAUGAUAAAGUAGUUAAUGUGCUCUGUGGGCGAGGAGCGGAUAUUAACGCUCAAGGGGGAUUCUAUGGCAAUGCGCUUCAAGCGACAUCAUUUGGUGGUCAUGAGAAAGUUGUGCAGAUACUGCUUGAGCAUGGAGCUGAUGUAAACACUCAAGGAGGAGAAUAUAGCAAUGCGCUUCAAGCGGCAUCAAGAGGUGGUCAUGAGAAAGUUGUGCAGAUACUGCUUGACUGUGGAGCUAAUGUCAACACUCAGGGAAGACACUAUGGCAAUGCGCUAAACAUUGCAUCGCGCCGGGGUCAUGAGAAAGUCGUACAGAUACUCCUAGAUUAUGGAGCGAAUGUCAACGCUCAAGGAGGAGUCUAUGGCAAUGCGCUCCAAGUGGCAUCACGCCGGGGUUAUGAGAAUGUUGUACAGAUACUCCUUGAGCAUGGAGCGGAUGUCAACGCUCGAGGAUUACAUGGCAAUGCGCUCGAAGCGGCAUCGGAUGGUGGUCACGAGAAGGUGGUGCAGAUGCUACGAAAAAAGAUAGUAUCCGGUUGA